AUGAUGUCUGUGGCUGCGUGUUUUGAAGACAUGUUCAAAGACGUCUUUGUCUUUGAGUUUUGCAGACAUUUUUCGAUGUCUGUGCACAACACUGCCCACAGAGAAUGUUUCUUUACACCAGAGUCUGUUCUUGUUGUGAUGAUGAAAAAGUUUUUUGGUUUACCUCUGUGUAACCAUUCAAAACAAAAUAAAAUUCAUGCAAAUCAUUGUCUGGAGUGGUUUUCAAUUUUAGUUUGCAAAUUCACUUUACGCUUCGCUUUCUCAACUUUCGCUUUGUUAUGCUAUAUUACCAGUUGGCAUGUUAAGAGUAGAAAUAUGUUCGCUUUGCUGAAUGUUUUGGUAGCGAAGCUUUUCAAUUAUAAUUUUGAUGAUUCAGGAGUUGUUAAUGGAAUGUAA